AUGCUAAAGCAGGAGCGCGCUAUUUCUCGAAGCCGCGCUCAUUUGUGUUGUGAGAGCCUAGCGAACCGAACGAAGUCUUCAAACAACCGUCGAAAUGUCUGGACGCGGCAAAGCUGGCAAGACUAAGGGAGCUCCCUCGAAGUCCCGGUCCCAGAAAGCUGGACUCCAAUUCCCCGUAGGUCGUCUGCAUCGGUUGUUGCGGAAGGGAAAUUACGCGGAAAGAGUCGGAGCCGGCGCUCCCGUGUACCUGGCGGCCGUUCUGGAGUAUCUUGCGGCUGAAGUUCUCGAGUUGGCUGGAAACGCUGCGAGGGACAAUAAGAAAGCCAGAAUCAUUCCCCGCCACAUCCAGCUGGCUGUCAGGAACGACGAGGAGCUGAACAAACUCCUCUCAGGAGUCACCAUCUCCCAAGGUGGGGUUCUGCCGAACAUCAAUUCGAUGUUGCUGCCCAAAAAGACGGACUCUUCCUCUGCGGGGAAAGCUUCGCAAGACUUUUAAUCAGCCAUCCCAACAAUCGGGAUCUAGUUCCCCCCGGUCCACGGAAGCUAUGAUUUCCCUAUCGUACGUCGUACCCUAAUCUUUGUGAAAUCAUCCAUGAGUUCAAGCUCUAUCGUUCAUCAAGAGAGAGAGAGAGAGAUUGAGAAUAAUUGAGAUUCCCUUCGGUGCACACUCAGUCAAGUAGAGUUUAGCGGAAACGAGACCAAUCAGCAUGACAGUACAACGAGAAUAAAGUCAUUAAUCGUUCGCCAGAAUUUUAAGG